UGGAGCUAAUCGAGUACAACCUGCUGCGCCAGUGGCGCAAAUACGUGCAGCAGCGUACGCGCGGUGGCGGUGCCAAAAUCACCAUCCCGAAUCUGCUGAUGGAGACGCGCGAGCUGAUCCGGGAUACCACGGGCAAGUCUCUGACGGAGACGACGCGCCCGCGUGGCCAGAACGACAUCGGUAUGGUGGCGUGGCUGUUGGCGCUGUACACGCCGGAGUUCCCGGAUGGACGUGCGAUCAUCAUCAUCGCCAACGACAUCACGUUCAAGGCCGGUUCCUUCGGUACCCGCGAGGACACGCUGUUCGACCUGGCGUCGAAGCUGGCUCGCUCGAAGGGCAUCCCGCGCUUCUUCUUCUCGGCCAACGCUGGUGCCCGCAUCGGCAUGGCCGAGCCCAUCAAAGCCCUGUACAAGGUGUGCUGGGAGGACGAGACCAACCCGACCAAGGGCUUCGACACGGGCGAGGAGCGCUACGGGCUGAACGACAUCGUGGGCCGUGUGAUCGGCCUCGGUGUCGAGUGCCUGCGCGGCAGUGGUACCAUUGCUGGUAAGACUUCGCGCAUACCAGGACGUGUUCACGCUGACGUGUACACCUCGAACGACCAGCUGGGUGGCGUGAAGAUCAUGCACACGAACGGUGUAACGCACCUGACGGCCACGAACCACCUCUUGGGCAUCUACUCGAUCCUCGAGUGGCUGGCCUUCGUGCCGAUGGUUCGCCGCGGCCAGCUUCCGAUCCGCGACCUGACGGGCGUGGACGAGAUCGAGCGCACGGUGGACUUCGGCUGUAAGGCCACGGGCAAGUGGGUCUCGGGCCUCAUGGACAAGGAUUCGUUCCGUGAGACGCUUGACGGCUGGGCCAAGAGCGUGAUCGUCGGCCGCGGCCGCCUUGGUGACAUUCCGUGCCGUGUGGUCGUCACGGAGGUGCGCACGUCCGAGAAGGUCAUCCCUGCCGACCCGGCGGCGCCUGCCUCGCAGGAGAACCUGAUGCCGCAGACUGGUCAGGUGUGGUUCCCCGACUCGGCCCACAAGACGGCGACUGCCGUCGAGGACUUCAAGGGUGAGGACCUGCCACUGUUCAUCCUGGCCAACUGGCGUGGUUUCUCCGGCCGCCAGCGCGACAUGAUCGACGAGCUGCCCAAGCUCGGUGCAGCCAUCGUGGAUGGCCUCGGACGCGGUGGUCUACUCGAGCCAGCCGGUCUCAUUGCGACCGCAAGAAACAGCCGUCUCGACGACAUGCUCGAGCAGCUGACCGCACGUGCCGAGCUGUCGCCCGAGAAGAAGGAGUCCAAAAGCGCCAAGAUGGCAGCUGAUAUCAAGACCUGCGAAGAAACGCUGCUGCCGAUCCACGUGCAGAUGGCCAUGGCGUUCGACGACCUGCACGACUCGCCUGACCGCAUGAAGUCCAUCGACCGCAUCCGCCAGGUUGUGCCCUGGCCGAAAUCAGGCAAGUUCUUCUGUUGGCGUCUCAAGCGUCAGCUCCCCGAGCUCACGCUGCACCGCCACGCAGCCAGCGCUGGCGGCUCGCGCCCGACGGUCUUCUUGUGCUCAUCUGGUCGCAUGGCGACUCAGACGUGCUGGCUGUCGAGCGACACAGAGUGGAUCGCUUCGUGCGUGGCCAAGCUCCACCAGGAGCAGAUGGCCUCGCGCUGCGAGGCUUGCAGGUCGUGGUGA